GCCGGGUCGCGGCGGGAAGGGGCGGGGCGCGCGGGGGGGUGGAACGUCGCGCGCCCGUAACCGUCGCUCAGGGCGGUUGUUCCCGUCGCCGCAGAGCGCCGCGCUCGGGACCCGGUCCCGCUGCUCCGCGGAGGCGCCUCCGGCCCGGCCCGGUGGGGGCGGGCGCCAGGUUCCUUUUGGAAAAUGCCAAACCGGAGGUUUGCUGAUGGUGAGGUGGUGAUGGGUCGUUGGCCAGGAAGUGUCCUCUAUUACGAAGUACAAGUGACUGGUUACAAUGAUGUUACUCACCUUUAUACUGUUAAGUACAAAGAUGGGACUGAACUUGAGUUGAAAGAAAGUGAUAUAAGGUCACAAUCGUCAUUCAAGCACAGGAAAAGCCAGUCGUCUUCAAGUUCUCCUUCCAGAAGAAGUGCUAGCAGAUCUCGAUCUAGGUCUCCUGGGCGGCCAGCAAAAGGCAGACGUCGUUCUUCUUCCCAAAGCAGAGAACGUAAAGAUGACAAAAAGAAAACCAUUCAGGAAACCAACCUAGUUCUCCUGAAACUGAAUGAGAACAACACCAGAAGAUACAAUGGUGAACCCGACAGUACAGAAAGAAAUGAUACUUCCUGCAAAACCUUGGAGCAAAAGUUCAAACCAGACCUGGAAAUAGAGCGUAUGCUUGAUCAGUACAGCUUGCAUCCAAGAAAAGAAGAAAAGAAAAAAGAAGAGAGAUAUUCAGAAAAAAAGAUUUUUGAGACAGUAAAAACUAUUGAAAAACCAUCACCAAAAACAAAGGAGCUGGAGUUUGGUGGAAGAAUUGGGACCUUCGCUAUGAUAUUUUUCCUGCCUGCUACUGUAUUCUAUUUGCUGUUGAUGUGCAAACAGGAUGACCCCAGUCUUAUGAACUUCCCUCCUCCUCUGCCAGCUUUGGAAAGUCUCUGGGAGACUAGGGUGUUUGGUGUCUUCCUUCUGUGGUUUUUCUUUCAAGCUCUGUUCUACUUACUGCCGAUUGGAAAGGUUGUGGAAGGCCUGCCACUUUCCAACGGAAGGAAGCUGCAGUACAGGAUAAACGGAUUUUAUGCUUUUGUUUUCACUGCUGCAGCUAUUGGAGCUUUGUUGUAUUUUCAGUUUGAACUUCACUAUUUGUAUGAUCACUUCAUGCAAUUUGCAGUAUCAGCUGCAGCUUUUUCUAUGGGAUUGAGCAUUUAUCUGUAUGUUCGGUCCCUGAAAACACCGGAGGAAGACCUAGCACCAGGUGGAAAUUCUGGGUAUUUAGUUUAUGACUUCUUCAUUGGACAUGAAUUAAAUCCUCGUAUUGGCAGUUUUGACCUCAAAUACUUCUGUGAGUUGCGUCCAGGAUUAAUUGGCUGGGUUGUUAUCAACUUGGCAAUGCUCUUGGCUGAGAUGAAGAUACACAAUCAAAGUAUGCCAUCUCUGUCGAUGAUACUGGUGAAUAGCUUUCAACUUCUUUAUGUGGUGGAUGCUCUUUGGAAUGAGGAAGCUGUUUUGACUACAAUGGAUAUUACCCACGAUGGAUUUGGAUUCAUGCUAGCAUUUGGAGAUUUGGUGUGGGUUCCAUUUGUCUACAGUCUGCAAGCCUUCUAUUUAGUCAGUCACCCUACUGCAAUUUCAUGGCCUGUUGCUUCUGCAAUUACUCUUCUGAAUUGUAUCGGGUAUUACAUAUUCCGUAGUGCAAAUUCUCAGAAAAAUAAAUUCCGAAGGAAUCCCGCAGAUCCUAAAUUGGCCUAUCUGAAAUACAUCCCCACUGCAACUGGAAAAGGGCUUCUUGUCACAGGUUGGUGGGGUUUUGUUCGUCACCCUAAUUAUCUUGGUGACAUCAUCAUGGCUCUAGCAUGGUCCCUACCCUGUGGUUUUAAUCAUAUUCUACCAUAUUUUUAUGUGAUUUAUUUCAUCUGCUUGCUGAUUCAUCGAGAAGCUCGUGAUGAACAUCAUUGCAAGAAAAAAUAUGGUUUGGCAUGGGAAAGGUAUUGUCAGCGUGUACCAUACCGCAUAUUUCCUUACAUCUAUUAAAGCACUCCAGAAAUCCGAUUUGCAAAUUACUUCUAAAGCUAAUUUCUUUGCAAAUAAAAAAAAUACCUCUUUCUUUUGCACUUGGUCUAUUUGUUAUUUAGGCUUUUUAAAACAAAAAAAAGACCAAACAAUGGAGUGUAUCAACAGGUAUGUACAAGUAAUCUUACAUAUGUGAGUUAUGUGAACUGACUGUCUGUGACUUUGAUUAAAAAAAAAAAAUUGUGAAUUUUAAAAAGUCUUGAAGCCCUAAGUUUUCAAGUUAAAUUUUAUCUAGAAUCUUGAGUUUACAUUUUUUUUAUUACAUUUAAUUAAGCACUGUGAUGUAAAGUAUAUUAUUUUCUUAAUACAAUAAAUUCCAUCCAGUUCAUGGUGUUACUUGUACCAUCUAACUUCAGAUGUCUGAGUUGGUUGCCUGAGUUGGCGGCGCGGGGUCCCUUUGGCCAGGGGAGCUGCCAGCGGAGGAUUCUGCCCCGCGGCCUGAUCCGCUGCCCCAGCCCGGACUGGCACAGCCCUGCGGUGCCUCGUCCCCCCGGCUCCCCGCUUUGAUCAGGGAGGUUCAGAGGUGCCUCUUGCCUGGCGCCUGCAGAGGGAGGCAGGGGCAGGCGAGGGGAAGGGGCAGGCCCCUCCUGGGCAAGGGAGGGAGAGCAAGGGAGAGCGGAACCGCCCCCGGCAGCCCCCCUGCCCCGAGGGGAAGCUGGCUCAGACGCCUGAAGGUAGAUGGUACAAGCACUUGUUGCGGCUGCGGGCUGACCUGUACAAGCGCGAGCCCUUAGCCAGAGCCCUGACCCUGCAUCUAGCGAUGAACAGAAGAGUAGCAGUAGUGUGUGCAGAAGGUGCAGGGUGUGCAUAGUUGACAGCAGAGAAUAAAAUGACCACAUUGGCUUACUCUGAUCUUUGUAAAGUAUGUCUUAAUGUACCAUAGCAUUUACUGAGUAUGUAUUAUAAAGCCUCCAUGUUUUUGCUGUACAGUGUUUGAAUUUGAAAGUGCGAUAGCUUUUGUAGGAAUGGGAGAAAUUUUUAACUAAAUCCAUUUCCAGUAAUUUUUUUUAAAAAUGCUCUUUUAUUAAAGGUUUUUGUAAAUUAAUGUAUUAAUUCUUGAGAAACAAUUGAAGUGUUCAUUUAAAUAUUUGUAUUGACAGAUACGCUAUGAAAGUGUAGGAAAUGCUCCUAAAUCCAAAGUGUUUUUUGUGAAUUUGGCAUUGCUACCUCAUCUGUAGGUUUUGCCUUUUGUACUGUUGCAAAUAGAGAAAAUAGCUAUUUUUUUGCUAUUGCUAUUUAAACCAACAUUUUUUACGUGAGCCUGUGGUUAAACCUGACCACUUUCUAAUAUAUUUUUGUAUAUAUUUCACUUUUUAACUAAUGUAUGUGUUCUAGUCAUUAGCUGUGUUCUCUGGCUAACUGGUUGUAAAUCAGAUUCCAUUACAGUAUUUACUUCAUAAGUAGAAUAAUUUUAAAUUUUACUGAAAUAAUUUUGCAUUAAUUAACUGUAGAAGCUAGUUUCUAUUCUGUCUUCACAAGUGAUAGCUUUUCACAUAACUUCACAUUUGAGGUUUUUAGCAUGAAUUGCCCCUAAGAAAGCUUACUAGACUCUUAAACAUAGGGGGAAGGAAAUGCAGGUACCUCUACAGUUGCUUGCAGGAAGAUUCCUAAUAAAUUGGAAUGUUGCUAUUAUUCAGUAAUAUUGGUUUUCUUCUUAAAUAUUGAUGUAAUUGCAAUCUAGCACAUCAUUUUUGUUUUCACCUAAUAAAAAACCCUUCUAUUUUGUGCACAGGCAUUUUUGAUGAUGAUUGUACAUUUAAAGUGUAUAUAAUGUAACUUGCUAAGCUUGAUCAUGAAAAUUCAUUAAGAAAAAGUUUGUAUGUUGCUGUUGUAAGGAAAAUAUUUUAAACAAAUACUUUGAUUCCUGGAAAAAAUAGCAGUGCCUGUAACAACACUGAAAAGAAUUUACUCAUGUGAAGGAACAGAUUAAACUGGGAUUUUUUUUUUUUUUUUUUUUUUUUUAUGGUUGUGACCACAAGCUGAGCAGGUUAAUGGGAAAAACGUAGUGAUCGUUUAACUGCAUCAGUUUGCAGGGGUGUUUUAAAAUACACUGACACUGGGGUCAGUUUAAUCCUCCAGCCUGCAAGUGAGGUGGCUGAGGAUGCUCCAUGCCCUGUUCUGCCAUCCCAGUUUUAUCUGUUACCACACAAGUUUGUUAAAAUGGAAUUUGGAUCCUGACUGAUGAUAACUACAGCUUGUUUAUUUACAUUGUGAGUUUUAUGUAAAAUUGAUAUUGAAGUAAUUGUUUUUAAUACAAAGAAGCCUAGAAGCUAAAAUAAAGCUUUUGCUUGAAAAUUA